AUGAUUGGGACUCAAAAGUCUAUGAUUGGACAAUUUUGGAUUUUGGGCUCAGCCCAGAACCCAUCAUGUGACCCGACCCGACCCGGUUUUUUUGUGACAUCAAAAAUCUCAGAUAAACCUCCACCUCCAAAACCAAGCAGUGUUCUUUUUUCGUUUCAGAUGGGCUCAAUGAGUCUGACUUCACUUCUGGGUCAUGGUUGCCGGAGUUUAGUUGCGCCGGUGGCCCUUGCGCGCACGUUGGCACUGACCCAUGUUGCUCUGAGUGAACAUUCGAAGAGCUACCAGCAUGUGAAGGUGGCUUGGUUUUCUAAGAGGUCAAAGAAGAAGAAAAGGGUUGCAUGUGAGUCUUUGAAAGAAGAGGUUACUUACCCAACUGCUGCUGCUGCUGCUUCUGUUUCUGUUUAUGGCUACCCAUAUACUCGUUUACUUCCAUGUCCCUCACAGAAUGGACCACCAAGAGUUGAGCACUUGGUUGUUUCCGAAGGGGGCCCUGUUCUAGAAUAUAUAUGCAAAAAUCUGGAUCUUCCUGCUCAGUUUGUUGCAGAUCUUAUCCAUUUUGGAGCUGUGUAUUAUGCCCUUGUAUGUCCAAAGCCUCCUCCAACCGCGACGCCUGAGGAAAUGAGGGUAUAUAAAGAAGCUACAGCACCAUCAGUACUGAAAAAGAGAGCUUCUAUAAAAGGAAAAACUGUACGAGAAGCACAGAAGACUUUCAGGAUCACACAUGUAGACCAAUUUGUUGAAGAUGGAACGUACUUACGUGUGCAUGUACACCCAAAGCGUUUUCCUAGGUGCUAUGAAAUUGACUGGAAAUCAAGAGUUAUAGCAGUAAAUGAAGACUUUGUGGUGUUGGACAAACCUGCUGGUACAACAGUUGGAGGAACCACAGACAACAUCGAAGAAAGUUGUGCAACCUUUACCUCCCGUGCCUUAGGACUGACAACCCCCCUUAUGACCACACAUCAGAUUGAUAAUUGUACAGAAGGAUGUGUUGUCUUAGCUAGAACCAAGGAGUAUUGUUCAGUUUUUCAUGGAAAAAUCCGAGAAAAACAAGUGAAGAAACUUUAUCUUGCUCUUGCUGCUGCUCCUGUGCCACUUGGAACAAUUACUCACUACAUGCGUCCAAUUAAUGUGGCUCCACGACUCAUUUCAGAAGAUUCCAUUGAAAGGUGGAGUUUGUGUCAGCUUGAGGUGAUGGAAUGCAAGGAAGUUCCCUGGCCAAAUUCUGUCAUCGAAGAGAAAUACGGUGUUGAAGACUGUGGGUGGCCUUCAAAAGAUUAUGCAUAUGAGUGUAAAAUCAACCUUUUGACUGGAAAGACUCAUCAGAUUCGAGCACAGUUGGCUGCUCAUGGUGCACCUCUAGUGGGUGAUUCCAUGUACAUGCCAGCUACAAUUGCAGAGAUUGCAAGUCCUGAGCUGAACCCGUUUGGCAAACAUAAGAAACAUUAUAUUGGCGAAGAUGAGAAAGAAAUAGCUGUUACUGAGUGGAUGGCACGGCAUGGAAAGGAACCUAAUGUUGCUAUUGGUCUUCAAGCUUGUCAGAUAUCAUGGGAUGAUGGCGAGCACAGUUUUGAGGCUAGAGCUCCUUGGUGGCGGUGUGAAUAAAUUUAGAAACUGGGGAUGGGAAUCAAUUGUAUGGUGUGGCAUUUUUGUUUUGCUGAAAAGAAGUUAGGAUGACCUUCUAUGUAUCAUUUGUAUUAGUUCUAGAGUAAUAUAUAUUCAGAAUUUUUUUGUUUUA